CUUUGACAACUUCAACAACUGUAUCAACUUGCAUAUUCAAACAGCCCUGAGAACUCCAACUCCAACUCCAACUCCAACUGAAAUUGCACGCACACUCGCAUAAGCGCAACCACGACAGCUAUCCCAACAGCACUAGGCUUACCUAACCGACAGAUCUGGCGCUAUGCAAGGUAAUGGAUCAGGACCAGGCGCUGGUGCCAUGCCAAUUGGACCUACGCCAGCCGGCCACCAGGCCGAGUUAAACAUCAUCUAUGGCAUGGUCGAGGAGCUGUCGCGACAACUGGCCGAGAAUAGACGUGUUACGGAAGAUAUUGUCUCUGGGCUCGGAAGGGUGCGCAAUCGAGCGCGAGAGCGUGGCCUGACCAACGACCAGGUGCUCGGAGAAGCUGCCGACGAAAUAUUUGCACAAGAACCGAAUCUCGAAGCUCUCGUAUCCAUCUUAACAGAAUCCCUCGACCGUGCUAAGCUCUCUCGCGAUGCCAACUUCUCCCUUCUUACCAACUACGCCCGAGUUCUCUCCACCAUCCUCUCUCAAUUUCACUCUUAUAAACAAAAACAUGUCGCCGAUGUCUCCGCCUGGCACCGUUCUUAUCGAGCACAACUAGCCGAGGCCCGCGCCGAGAAUUCCCGGCUGCGUGAGCAGAUCUGGGAGAUGCAGGAACAUGCCGGCCACGCUAAUCAGAUGCUGCGAGAAUUCCGCAAGAAAUACGACGAGAACGAGGAACGAUGGGAGAGGCGUGUCGAGGAUAAGGCCAAGAGACAGGAGAUUCGUUUCUGGAAGCGCAUGGCCAUGCCCGAGGUUGCCGAGACCGAAGACGGAUACUGGAGCGACGACGAUGACCUCGUAGACCCUGUCGAGAAGGAGAGGCUAAAAGAGGUCGAGCGUAAGGUUGCGGAACAGGCCCUUGCUGGCGUUGGGAGCACGAGCAGUCAGAGCGAGGAUUCCGAGGGAGAGGGAAGCGAACCUCACGCUCUAUCAGCGAGUAUGAUCGGCGGAGUAGCCAUGGACAGAGAUGGAGGGGUGCCUGGAAUCAUGCCGGUACCGCCACCGAGACCAUCUAGCACAGGAAGCACAGGAAGUACGGGUAGUGCGGGAAAUAUGGGAAGUACGGGAAGCACAGGGGCGCAAACAGGUUAGCGGUGGCUUCGUUUAACUACCUACCUUGAUACGUGGCAUGGCAUGGCAUGGCAUGGUGUUACGGCUGAUUUGAUCGAGGAAUACCCUGAACGGAAAGAGUUUUAGUAGACCACAAUAAUCGAGACCUUACUCCGUGCCCCUUCGGAAUUAGCAUGGAGGUCAUCGCUCAUUUGUCGGCGGCUGUUUAUACACGGACCAUAUGCUUAUUGAGGAUAUCACUCCUCUAAAACGCUGGUGGGAGGAGUCUUUCUGAGCAGCUAUCGCGAGUCAUCUCCACUUGUUAUCGGUUAUACUCGCAACGGGGACCAUAGCUCUCAUAUGGUGGCUCGUCUUCUAAAUCCUGCCGCUAUCUUCUUUUUUUUAAAAAAAAAAAGUUUGGAUACCGGCAGUAGAGCAGACGUCUUAGUCAACGUAGGACUAAGGACAACAACUUUAACAACCAAGGCUACCACCAUUAUGCGCGUCCUUGAACCGUAGAACAUCAAAUUAAUUCUAUAAUACCGGAUGGUACAUUGACGAUGAAAGUCAUGAUAUUUAACAUAUGGAUCCUAAAUAUACUUACCUAUGAGGGCAUAAGUGGCCC